UAAACAUCUUAAACUUGACUCAUUCAGUUUGUAACAGUGCAGUGGUAAUUUAUGUUUAUGGGCAAAAUUAAAUAAGUGAUAUUCAGACGUUUUACUGUUCAAGGAAUUUGAUAAUACCGUCCACGUAGUCAUUAAGAAAAAACCACAAGGACGUUUGCAUUGGCUGCGUACGCGCGUGUGUGACAUAAUGGACUUUAAAAAAUCUUUUUCGAUAUUAUUUUUCCUGGCCAUCGUUGCACUGACGGCGGCCGUUAAGAAAAAGCCUACAGAUGAACCGGUGGUGUCUCUCCAAGAAGGCAUUGUUAAAGGGGCGUGGAAGCUUUCAACCAAUGGCAGAUAUUACGCAAGCUUUGAAGGGAUACCUUACGCUAAACCACCUUUGACAAUCAUGAGAUUGCAGGACCCGUGGCCCCCCCUUCCGUGGCAAGGAAUAUACGACGCGACGUACGCCCGCAAUGUGUGCAUGCAGUAUAAUCCCUUUCAGGACAAGGUCAUCGGCUCCGAAGAUUGCUUAUUCGUGAACGUGUACACUCCACACGUCCGUGACUGCGCCAACAUGCCUGUAAUGGUGUUCAUACACGGUGGCGCUUUCAUGUUCGGUAGUGGAAGCAGCCACGGCCCACAAAACUUCAUGGACUUUAACUUCGUCGUUGUCACUUUGAACUAUAGAUUGGGACCGCUAGGUUUCCUGAGUACAUACGACAAUAUAAUAAGCGGCAACUUUGGACUUAAAGACCAAUCGCUGGCACUUCGUUGGACACGCGAUAACAUCAAAACGUUCGGUGGGAAUCCUGAUACCGUCUUACUCUCGGGGAGCUCUGCAGGCGCAGCUUCCGUUCACUAUCAUUAUCUUUCACCUUGGUCGAAAGGAUUGUUCUCUAGUGGAUUUCAAGCCAGUGGAACGGCUUUUAGUUCUUGGGCUCACCAGACCAAACCUUUGGAGAAGGCAAAGGAACUUGCUGAUGUGGUGAAAUGUCCGUACAUUACUAGCAAGGAACUUCUGCAAUGCCUGCAAGAGAUUCCAGGAGAAGAUAUCGUGAUGGCGCAAAUUGAUGUGACAAAAAAACAGACGGGCUGGAGACCAUUCCUGUUUACUGCGUUUGUUCCAUCGAUAGAAGCGCCCUCCGUGAAGAAACCCUUCCUUAACAACUACCCACACGUAUUGACGACGGCUGGAGCAAUGCAUAGACUGCCUCUAAUUGCCAGCAUCACAGCUCAAGAGGGCUUAUACCCUGCCGCGACAUUCAUUACGGACCCUAAAUGUCUUGAUGACCUAGAGCGUCGCUGGAACACUCUGGCGAGUUAUAUUUUUGUUUAUAACGACACUCUGCCCAAGGAGCGCUUAGUUGAGGUUGCACAGAAAAUCAAGCAGGAGUACUUCGAAAGUUGGCCUGUUCAUAAGGAGACCUUUCACCUGCUGAUUGAAGCUCUCAGUGACCGCCUGUUCAAUGCAGACAUAGCAAAACAGGCGCAACUACAUGCGUUGAAGUCCGGCCAGCUUGUAUUCUUCUACAAGUACACGUAUCGUGGAUCUAUUAGCAUUAGCAACGACAUGGCCCAAAACAAGGAGAACUACGGGGUCGCUCACGCAGAUGACAUAUUCAAUAUAUUCAAGUUCCAACUCGCGCCCUUUAGCACCAGUACUGACAAGAAGAUGGCGUACAAUCUUAUUGACAUCCUGUACAACUUUGCAACUACUGGGGUGCCAAAGUUGAAAAAGGGUAUAUGGCAACCACUGAAUGCUUGCUCGUGCCCUGAAAUAAGGUACCUGGAAAUUGCCUCGCCUACAGACAUGAAAAUGAAAGUAGAAUCUAAUUUCGGAAGGCACAGCUUCUGGCACAACAUUGGCUUCCUGGAAUACGACCUCUUCAAGCUCCCAAAACCACCAGGAAAAGAUGAACUGUAGUUUAAAUCUUCGUUAACGGCAUACAUAUCUAACCGUUGAAGAGGCAAUUGGCGACAUAUGUCACUCUCUGAACCAAGAAAAAAUUCUAAGUUAAAUAAGUCACAGGGAUUCAUAAACAUUGAGGCUUUUAAGUCAUGUCUAAUGUAAAGACCAACUCUAACACCAACAAUUCAUCUUACAGGCAAAGGGCAAUAGAGCUACUGCAACUGUAGCUGAGUAACUUUAUGUAGAUUAAGUAGGUUUCAAAUCAGGCUGCAGUGAGAAAACGACUCCAAUAUUAAGCCCUUAAGUGUUUUUUACGUUUUGAAUCCCAUCUAAACUCUUCCAAAGAAUACUCAUAAUAAUACAGAAGGUAUAAUAAUACUAUACCGUCAGUACGCGGCUUAUUCGAUAUUACUACCGAGUACUCCAUUUCGUACCUCGCUUUUUAUUAUUUUAUUCAAAAUAAACAAAAAGGCGUAAAAUAGUUGAUACAAAACGUCUGUUAAAACAAAUAAACCUGGGUUCCAAACUCUACAACUAUAAUUCACAUCCACAAACAUAAACAAGAGUUACCUUUUCGGUGUUCACAACUACCUAUAUUUAAAUUCUUAAUCCACAGGUACAAGGCACAAAUUUACUAGAUCAUACAUUGACAUUCCCAAACAUUAUACUGUAUAACGGUAUAAUUUUUUUCUUGACAUCUUUCAGCAAUCUUCGGGUUUCACCUAUCGUCGGGUUUCUUGCCGAUUCGACUUGGAAGUAAACAGAGAAAGUAGUCUUUAUUUUGGUUAUAUGUUUUUAUUAUGUACUAGCUGGGGCCCGCGACUUCGUCUGCGUAGAUCACAGAAUAAUAAAUACAGUUGCAGUGGUUAAUCCUAUUGUAACUACAAGUCUCGAAAGACCUAUCAGAGCUCAUUCCGCUAUUGUCGCUUUGUGUGGUAUAGUAGUGUCAUUCGUUCGUGCAAAUUAUCUAGAACAUUUCAUAGAAAAAAUCCUUAUUGUGCUGUUUUGUGUGCAAAAACAAUAGUUGCACCAAAAAUAUUUCCCGUGGUGGUAUUUCAUAUCAUCGGAAAGACUUAUUUUAAUCAAUUUUCAAAUUUCUAUUUGUCGAAAUUAUAAAAAUUAAAAGAAGAAGUAAAAUUCGGAACCCCGAAGAUUGCCAAGAGAUACAAAGUUAUCGUACUGUAAUAUUAAAAAACAUAUUUCUAAUUUAUUUGUAAAACUAUGUAGUAAUAACCUGAAAAUAUCAAUAUUAAUUAAGUUAAAGCAUUUGUUGUAACUACAAAGGUACAUAAAUUAAAAAACGUAUACAAACUUAAACUCGCUAGAUAAUAAAUGUAUGCCGUUA